CUUUGAGCUGCUGGAGGAAAGCGAGGAAAGAAAAAAACACCAUGCUGACUUCCUUCGAUAUAGGUGUGUUAAAACUGAAGUUACUCUGUGAAUGACAACACUCCUGAACACCAGAGGAACACCAACAACACGAUGGAAUCUCCAAACCCUCUGUCCAAAGCCAACACCAGCUUCUUUCUGGCUCUGUUUAAGAAGCUGUGUGGCAAUGACAACACAGCAAAUGUCUUCUUCUCUCCGUUCAGCAUCUCCUCAGCUCUGUCCAUGGUGAUACUGGGAGCCAGAGGCAACACGGCUGCACAGAUGUCAGAGGUCCUCUGCUUCAAUGAGGCUCAGAAGCCUCAGCCUGCAGCAGAGCAGCAGAUGAUGCAACAGCAGGUCCAGUCCACCCUGCCGCCGUUCCUGAUGAAGGGUCUGGAAACCAAGGAGUGUCAGGAUGAAGUCCACACCAGCUUCGCCCAGCUGCUGAGAGAGCUGAACAAGCCAGAUGCUCCGUAUGCCCUCAGUGUGGCCAACAGGCUGUACGGCGAGCAGAGCUUUCAGUUUGUGGAGGACUUCUUAGCGUGCACAAAGAAGUACUAUGAGGCAGAGCUGGAGACUGUAAACUUCCAAACUGAUGCUGAGGCUGCAAGAGUAAAUAUCAACAGCUGGGUGGAGAGCAAGACACAAGGUAAAAUCAAAGACUUGCUGGUUCAGGGUGUGGUGAACAGCAUGACCAGGCUGGUGCUGGUCAAUGCUAUCUACUUCAAGGGGAACUGGAACAAAAAGUUUAAGGAGAGCCAAACACGGGUUGCUCCGUUCAGAAUCAACAGGAAUGAAACUAAGAUGGUGAAGAUGAUGCAUCAGGAAUCAAAGUUUCCUUACGCAUAUAUCCGUGAAGCCAAGUUAGAGAUCUUGGAGAUGCCUUACAUAAGAAAGGAGCUCAGCAUGCUCAUCUUCCUGCCUAAUGACAUGGAGGACGGGACGAUGGGUCUGGGGAAGCUAGAGAAGCAGCUGACCUAUGAGAGAUUUGUAGAGUGGACUGAUCCAAGAAGGAUGCGCGAAAGUGAGGUGAACGUUAUAGUGCCUAAAUUCAAGAUGGAGGAGUCGUACGAUCUUAAGAACGUUCUGACUAGCAUGGGGAUGGUGGACGCCUUCAACAUGGGGACGUGUGAUUUCUCUGGUAUGUCCCCUGCUAAAGGCCUGGCCCUGUCCAAGGUGGUCCACAAGGCGUUUGUGGAGGUGAACGAGGAGGGGACGGAGGCAGCUGCAGCCACAGCGGCUGUCGUAAUGCUGAUGUGUGCCCGCAUGACUCCCACCUUCAAUGCUGACCACCCCUUCCUCUUCUUCAUCAGACACAACCGGUCUGGGAGCAUCCUCUUUGCAGGGCGAUACUGCUCCCCAGAGUGAGCGCUUCUUCUUUUGGGGCUGCUUUCUCAACAAAAAUUCCUCUGCUACUGCAAUAGUUAAUUCUGUGUAACGGGAAUAUGUUGAAAGAAUCAAUCAUAUCCUGGGCUUUUGUCCUAUUUUUGCAUCACUAGUAUCAUGAGUUAAAACUGUGGUGGUGUUUUUUUUUUUAAUGUCUGCAUCUCUUGUACCUUUCUGAAAAUCCCUGCACUUUUUAUCUUUUGCACCUGAUCGUCUCUCAAGGUUUACUUUGUGUCUGUAAUACAUGUUUGGCCCUUUAGGCUGCAACCCCAGUCCCUACACUAUGCUUAGAAGUACCAGUAAAACCCUCUUUUUAAUCCUCUGAAUGAUUCAGCCUUUCCCACUAUGUCUGUAAUGUUAUAGAGUAAGGAUGCACUACUGAAUGAAAUAGGGAUAUUAUACAUCAGAAUCAGCUUUAUUGGUCAAGUAUGCUUAUGCAACAAGGAAUUUGACUCCAGUUAGCUUUGCUCUCAGUGUAAGGGAAUUAGAUGUUAAAUACAAAAUACAAUUUAAAUAUGUACAAGCUGAACAAAGAGCAUGUCAGUCAUAUCAGUGUUUUCUUUAUUCAGUUAAAUGACCGCUAUAGCACUAAAAAGAACAUAGCUUUAUUGACAGUUGUUUUGGUGUGAAUCCUGGUAGGAUUUCAGGCUUUAUUAAAAAAGAGUGUGGUUUCAAAUGUUGUGUUGCUCUUUAAACUGAAAUUUUCUUACAUUUGGUUAGGUUUCAUGUGAUUGAAUAAACAAGCUACAUAUUAUC